AUGUCUACCAAGGAUCCGAGCUCCCCUGUAAAGCCCUCACCAACAGCCAACGUAAAACCAAGUCGUCUGCCCGCGCCCGCCCUCUUCGUCGGUCCUCCGUCCCGCAAUGCCUCCCAGCUCUCAGUCUCCCAUCAAGGUCUCGACCCAACUAAACCCCGUGACCCUCUGAACCGACAGCGCUCCGCUCUGGUACGGUCGGGUAACACGAAAGAUGGAACAGAUGCUAAAGACAAAGACCAUGCGAUGCCGACGCUCAAGAAGGCUAGUGAACGCGAGGCGGAUGCUAAGUGGAGGGAGAUGCAGUCAACGCUGAAUGAGGUGGAGCUUACGGCGCAGAGCUCUACGCACGUCUUUGGAGAGUCACAUGCUGCUGCAUUGGAGGAGCUGAGGAAGGCACAGAUUGAACUUGCCAGAGCUUGGGGCAGAGGGAAUGAGGAUAAAGGUAGUCCUACUAACCCACAAGCCGACAGGUUCAGCGAAGCGGAAAGUAUCGCCCGUGAUCGCCAGACCGGUGUCGGUGGGAGGAAUAGAGGUAACACGGACGCCUCAGCCUCCACGGUCCUCUCAGACGAGAGUGUGUUGAGUAGCGGUACGGCGCGGUCACCGUUGGAAGACGAGACAGCACAGGACAUCAAGCUCGCUUCCGAGAGGCGGGCGGCGAACGAGGCGUAUUUCAAGAAGGUCGAGGGUGGGGUUAAGGAGGUGGUGAAGAAGCUGGAGGUGGUGGCUGAAGCUAUGAGGGGAGUGGAGGGUGAGAGUAGGAGUCUGUGGAGUCAGAGUUCUGGGUCGAGGAGUGAAGAUCUGGGUGAGGGGAUGGACAGUGCGGGCGGGAGAGAAGGGAAGGCACAGACGACAAAUGGUUGA